UACAACAAAAAAAAACUAAUUACAAUUGUCGGCCAGUAAGUUCAGAAAAGUUAAAAAAAAUCAGAAAAUCUUGUGCUCAAGGUCUCUAACCAAAAUAGAGGACAGUGAAUAUAAUAAGUUUUUAGUUCAGUUGGAACUGUUUAAAAAAGGACAAUGUUUAGAUCAUUUAGCUAUUAGAUACUGUACUGACACCACUACUGCAUUUUCUUUCCAAGCGGCGAUCUCCAAACACAACUCGUUUUUCCCUGACCAUAUAACGGUAUCUGGAUAUAUUGUGAGAACAUGCUGUGGUAAAAAUGCUUCAAACUAAACAUAGUCGAACAUUCAAUUAACGAAUUGUCAACAGCCAUGUUGGUUGUUGAAUAUCGCUAUGUUAUUCAUAGAAUUAGUACUAUGAGUUCGGUGGUCUUAUUUGUUGAAAUAGAGAUAUGCAAUGGUAGUUUUUAUUGAAUUUGAAUAUGUAGCCCGUCUGCUUGUUGAAUGGUCAUUCUCAAUUUGUUUUCAUGAUAGCCACAAAGGGUCCGGUAUUAUCAACAUAGGCAGGGCCUCUAUUUAUCUAUAGUAGCCAUAUAAUUGUCAAUUUUAUAUAUUUUUUUAAGUCACUUUAACAUUAAUGCCGUGGGUAAUCUAAAAAACUGCUGUUUUACGACUUCGAUUUCGAAGAUUUAAGAACCCUAAAUUUAAGGAAGAAGAAAAGUGUUCAUAAUGAACUUUGCUGACCGAAAUAAGAAGAAUAUAGGCUAGUUAUUUUAAAAAUUAGAUUUAAAAUUUACAAAAUAAUGUUGAGACGAAACCAAUGUGAAUAGUGUUUCAGAAAAUUUUAUUUUAAUAUGUUUUUUUACUUUGGUUUUAAACAGUGUAUUUGUGGUUGUUCGUCGAGGAUUAUAAAAGUUUUUAUAUUUCCUUGGGCUCAAUUGAGAAAUAAAACUCAGUUGGCAAGGAAAUUAUCAAAUAACGAUAAUUUAGAUCAUUUUACUAACCAAUUAAUGCAAAACAAAAUAAACCAGUGGCAAAAAAGAAAAGCAAUUUCACAACCUAGUCUUAAACAGAAAAUAUUUACAGAUAGUAAAUUUGAUUUAGGUGAUCUUCAUAGUGAUGAGCUUGACAGACUAUUUGAAAAGGCUAUCAAUAUAGGAGAUCAUAGGAAUAUCAUAAAAUUAUCUACCGAAUGUAUUAAGUAUAAUAAGUGCCCAUCCCUACCGAUAUUGAUACAAGUGUUGUCCAUUUGUUCUGAGAAUGGUGAUAAGCAAACGAUUACUGAAAUUGUCGGACUGUGCGAAAAAAAUCAACCUGAAAUAUUAGAUGACAAUUCUUACUUUCAGCAUUACUUAGCGGAAGCAAUUUGGAUUAAAGGAAAUAUUAUAAAAUCUCUGAGGCUGUUUGAGCAAGUGUAUAAGGAAAAUCAAUUUUUAAGGCGCAGAAUAAGGUUAAUGUUGCAGUCCUUGAUAGCAGAUAGCAUUUUGAACCAUAGCGAAGCAGCAUUAUUAAAUAUAAAAAUUUUUUGUGAAAAACUUGCAAAAGAGUAUAAUGAUUAUCAUCCUCUCUCUUGCAUUUGGCAAUCUUGCAUGCUGAGUGAAUGGUAUACAGAUCAAUGCUUAGCAUUAGACUUAUUAAUGGAAAAUUGUGGUUUGCGUAAAGCUCUAUCUAAUAGAAUUAACUUUGCUGUCAAUAGUUUGCUAAAUACUCACAGCACUGAUAUAGUUUACAGGCUAAUUGAAAUAUUGUUAAAAUGUGACAUGAGGUCUGAGGCUGCUGGAGUUCUCUUGGCAAUGUUUGAUUAUUGGAUUAGAAAUUGUAACAUGACACGUUGCAAUGAAAUUGUAAAAUGGACAAUAGAGCAGGAUAUUGAAUUGCCUGCUGCACAACAAGAUAAAUUUGUAAGACUUCUGUUGGGAGAAAAAAUAGAGGUUACUAAGAACAAAAAGAGAACAUACGAUAAGACGCCUCCUAAUUAUAGAUUCUAAAUUAAAUUUGUAGACCAGAUAUAAUACAAAUUUUGCUGUUACUUUGUGUCUGUGCAUCCUAUUUCCCAGGUUAAAUUUUCUCGCGUUUUUGAAUUGUGAUUAGUAUUUUAAUGAAAAAUGGUUAUCUACGUAAAAAUACUCCCGUCUGUAAAAUACCUAAUUACACACCGAUCUAGCGCGCGGUAAGCGUCACUUUACCAUGUCAGUUUCCUUUCCCACGAAUCCGAGCCACUUCUGACAUUUCCGGGAUUUUACCGCACGAAUUUGGGAGCAAUCGGAUGUUUUCGGAGAUAUUUCUCACGCUUUGAAUUUUGUCGUUUGUCAAUUCUGACGGUCCUGUCAGUGAAUGUAUUCGUGUUGUUUUACGAAAAUGUACCCAAAAACUAACGGUCGUAGAAAAAGUAUAGUAUGCAACACGUUCGGUAAACUUUUUAACUUACUUGUUUGUUAAACACUCGCUCCGCAUAAUAUACUAUUAAAUCAAAUUUGAAUAGAAUU